UUAACAUGCACCGCCAUCCGCGUUAAUACACAUUUAUAUAGCCCACCGCUCCAGUGUGUUUCUCUCGAGCAUCAAACUGAAGCCUCUCUCACUCUCUUCUCCCUCUCACUGUUGGUAAUUGGCGCUGAAAUUGCUUCAAUGGCUACUUUUGGCUCCGCUGCUAUCGCAAAUCAAAACCCUAAUAAAUCGUCCGAGGUGGCUCAACCUCCUAGUGAUUCUGUUUCAAGCCUUUGUUUUAGUCCCAAGGCCAAUUUUCUGGUAGCCACUUCAUGGGAUAAUCAGGUUCGAUGUUGGGAGGUAACACGAAGUGGAACCGCAGUAGCCAGUGUGCCCAAGGCAUCAAUGUCGCAUGACCAACCAGUUCUAUGCUCAACUUGGAAGGAUGAUGGAACAACUGUCUUUUCUGGAGGCUGUGACAAGCAGGUGAAGAUGUGGCCUCUGCUCUCUGGUGGUCAACCUGUUACAGUUGCAAUGCAUGAAGCACCUAUUAAGGAGCUUGCUUGGAUUCCAGAGAUGAACCUUUUAGCCACAGGAAGCUGGGACAAGACACUGAAGUACUGGGAUUUAAGACAGUCAAACCCUGUUCAUACUCAGCGGCUUCCUGAACGGUGCUACGCAAUGACUGUGAGGUAUCCUGUGAUGGUCGUUGGUACUGCAGACAGAAAUAUGGUAGUAUUUAAUUUGCAGAACCCUCAGACGGAGUUCAAGAGAAUCGUUUCACCACUGAAGUAUCAGACGAGAUGUCUCGCUGCUUUUCCUGAUCAGCAAGGUUUUCUGGUUGGUUCUAUAGAGGGGAGGGUUGGUGUACAUCAUCUGGAUGAUGCACAACAAAAUAAAAACUUCACAUUCAAAUGUCAUAGAGACAACGCCGAUAUAUACUCUGUCAAUUCCUUGAACUUCCACCCUGUGCACCAUACGUUUGCAACAGCUGGAUCAGAUGGUGCUUUUAAUUUUUGGGACAAGGAUAGCAAACAGAGACUCAAGGCCAUGUCAAGGUGCAGCCAACCUAUACCUUGCAGUGCUUUCAACAAUGAUGGCUCAAUAUAUGCAUACGCGGUGUGCUAUGACUGGAGUAAGGGUGCAGAGAAUCACAACCCAGCAACGGCAAAGACCAACAUUUACCUGCACUUGCCACAGGAAGCUGAGGUUAAAGCCAAGCCACGAGCGGGAACAAGUGGUAGAAAGUAAAGCCACUUUCCUCCAAGGAAAGUAGAUGUAGAGAAAAAUGCUUCUCUUUUUCACCAGAAAGUUGGGAGCCUGGAAGUGAAAAAUUUACUGGUCAUAUGUUGGUUUGAUUAUGGAUUUUUUUCUUUUCCUUUUCAUUUUGAUUUUGUUUUCACUAUCUUAGGACGAGUGUAGACUUGGUUCUUUCUCAUGGUAUAGAAUGCCUGUUCAGCGAUAUGGUUCCUCGUGCAAGUAUAUGCGCAUUUUGCUGUUUUGA